AUGAUGAGAGAUUGUCCAUUCAAGUCUAAGAAUGCCAAUCGCCCCGUAGUAAGUUCAGUCAGAUCUGCUUCUAUAACGAGGUCAAAUGCAAGAACUAAUGCCAUGGGUAACAUCGGGAAUGAAACGCUAAGACAAGGGAGAGUGUUCGCACUAGUGCCUGGGGAUGUACAGAAUACCGAGUCUAUGGUGUCAUGUAUAAUUUUCAGCUGUGCCCAAAAUGCAUAUGUUUUGAUAUAUUCUGGUUCUAAACACUCAUUUGUGUUGUAUGCCUUUUCUCAGAAAUUAACUAGACUUUUAGAACCCAUGAGUUAUUUAUUAUCUGUAUCUAUGCCAUAUGGGGGUUCUAUAGCAUGUGCUUAUGUUUAUCCGGCAUGUGAUAUUAUGAUUGGUGAUGUGAUGUUGUACGUUGAUUUAUUGCCAUUGGGUAUUGAUCAUUUUGACUGCAUACUGGGUAUGAACUGGUUGACGAAGUACUGUGCAACUAUUGAUUGUGUGAAUAAAUUUGUUGUGUUUCGUCCACCUAGGUUACCAGAAUUAGUGUUUGUUGGGAAUGUGGUAGUUCCUCUCCUAUAUUUGAUUUUUCCCAUGAAAGCUGUUAAACUGCUUAGGAAGGGAUGUAGGGGUUAUAUAUGUUGUGUUUUGACUGAGACUUUUGCUAGUUCUAAUGUGGAAACUAUUCCUGUUGCUUGUGAAUUUUCCGAUGUGUUUCCGAAAGAAUUGCCUGGGGCCUUAAUUGAUAGAGAAAUUGAAUUCACCAUUGAUGUAAUACCCGGAACACAACCAAUUUCAAAAACCCCAUACCGGAUGACAACUUCUGAAUUUAAAUAA